UCAACUGUCACAUAAAAUAAAUACAGCUGCCUUACAGCUGCGCAGUUAAUGAAUAUUGAUUUUGUUAGUCUAAAAUUUUCAAGAUUAUAUUUUUGUACGACUUACUGUGUUUAACCCAGUGAAUCUAUUUAUCGAUGAUACUCGCCAUGUGAAAGGCUGUUUAUUUUAGAGUCAUGUCCACGAAUGGAAAUGGUGGUACGUAUGCACCGCUAAAGCAGCUUGUAUCAGAUUCCGACUCCGAAGACGAUCAGAAAUUGCAAAAUGCAGUUCAUAUCAAAGCCUCCGAUAGUUGCAAUAAUGUGGAUUACAAUAGCGGUCUUCAAUCUUCAAAAAAUUACAGUAUGAGCGAUAUGGACGAUUACAAUACCAAUCUGAAUACCAUGGAGAGCACUAUGGAUAACGUAAGCUUCUUACAAUCAGAUGUCUCCAACAAAAUGUCAUUCCCGCGCCGAUGCGCCUUUGUCGCUUCGAUUUUUCUUUGCCUUUUCACUGUUGUUAUAUUUUUAUGGGGAAUACCAUGCUCCGAUGUAGGCAGCUGUGCAAACAAAGAAUGGCAAGAUAAAAGUACUAGCUGGGAGGUACCUUACGAUGAAAUCGAGUUAUCCGGUGCCGUUCAAGUAGUUGAUGGUGCAAUACCUAAUACAAAAAACCUAAUAUUUAUUUACCGAGGCAAUCAUAUGAAAAAUAAUCAAAAUAACAACGACAAUGUAAAUGGAGUUUUGUUAAUAGUAGGCAACACUGGAAAAGUGGGUUGGUAUACUCGUGAGACUAGGAUUCCUACAGAAAUAAAUUGUAACAUACUUGAUGUUAAUAAUGAUAAGCAGAAUGAUUGUAUAGUCUCAGGUACAGAAGGUUUGCUUGCGGCCUUGAAUCCAUUAUCCGGAACAUAUUAUUGGUACAUUCAUAAACAAGGAAAAGUAUUUAGUAACAUAGCAGCAAUUGAUUUCCCCAUGGUUGUUGAAGAUAUGGAUAAGGAUAAAGUGAAUGAUCUCCUUACAGUUGCUACAGUUUAUCCAAAUACAAAUCAUAAUUCAAUCCUCAUAAUUUCUGGUGCAACAGGAAAUAUUAUAGGAGAUCCAAUGAUCAUUGAUAAUUGUCUCUCCGUCAAACUGCUGAAUGAAACGGCUAACAUAACUUAUCUAUGCAAAAAUGGCACAUCAGUGGCUGUUCGACAGAUAUAUCCAGAACUAUAUAAAAAGCUUUUAAAGUUUGAUCGUACCACAAAUGACACUUCUUCUGUAUCCUCAACAUCUAAAAGAGUUAAUUUAAGCUUGAAAAAUAAUAUUGGAAACACCAAGCAAGUGUAUACAAAUGGUGCUGGUAAAUUAAGAGUAGAAAACUAUGGUGAAUGUCCAACUUCAUGUAAAGUUAGUCUGAAGUUGAUUCUCGAACGCAAUGGAACAACGAAUGUGAGCUGGGAGUAUACAGCCAAUCAUGUCUAUGCAAUGAGGCCUAGCUUGUUUGCUUUCCCAAACUCAAUACAAGGCUUUGUAUUAAAAUUAUGACAGUGGAACAGUGCACACCUAGCAAAGGGUGCACUUAAAAUCGACGAAAUAAGAUACAACGUGCAGAAUUCAAGCCCGAAAAAUACAUACGACAAAUUUUAUUAUCGCCCCUCUAUCAAUAUUGCAUCCAUAUCGUCAUUCAUUAAAUACGACAAUUUUGUAGCUCACGAUAUUUCCGAGAGAAUUGUUUUAGUUGCAUUUGAUAAAUUGCAAACAUAUAUUCAUGUGAAUGUCAGUCAAACGGAUAUACUUCAGAUAUGUGUGCGUGGGCAGAUCAAUUCUAAUACCCCAUUGCCCACAUGCCAACCUGAUUUAGAAUUCCAAGAAAGGUCCCUCACCAUUGCCGAUUUAGAUGGCGACCAAUCUCACGAAUUAAUAUCAUAUUACAGUACAUUUGUUGCUCCAGAGAAUUAUGGGGCAAAGAAAUCAGAUCCAUAUGAUAAUUGGCACUUAUCUUCCACCGUAAGAGUGAUUCGUCUUGAAACAGAGUUGCCGAAACUUUUUGUUGCUGAAAGUUAAAAAUUAUGUAUUAGAGCUUGCUGCUGUAUGUAGCUUAUGUGUGUGAUAAAUUUCUAGUCAUUUUCAACAGUAUUUAAUCACGGAGACCAAAACUACUAUUGUUUAGAUUUUGUCAAUCUCAAUAGCCAAUAAAAUGUGUAAUCAAUAUUUUAAUAUUUACUUAAAUGUGUAUCUUCUAGAAUAGUAAUAAAUGUGUGAUAUUUUAAUUAGUUAUAUUAUGGCUAUGCAUUUUAAUAUAUAAGGCAGUAUAAUGUUAAAUUAAUUGACAUUUGGCAUAUUUUAUUAAGCUCAUUGAUUUACAAAAAAUAUAUUACUUAAUCCUGAAAAUCACUGUACCGCAAUUAAAACACUGUUAUUCUUGUAAACUAUUGCACAGUCAAAACUGGGAUUAUAGGCCGUUUAUUGUUUGUAAGUCAAUGACAAUUAUUAACUUGAGUGUUCAAAUUUUUAAUAUCAUUCUUAAUAAAUAUUCGAAUUGUUUCUAUGUAUCACAGUAUCAUUGCCGAUAUUAGAUAAAUAAAAUUGUUAUUGCAUUUCAGAGUUUCAUAUGUUUUACCUCCAAAUUAAGUAAUUGGAAAUAUUGAUUAAUCUAUAGUGUUCUUAAUUAAAGAUUUUAUUUAAAUAAACAUGUUUUAAAAUAUUAAAUUAUACUUACUGUG